AUGUCCGAGUAUCUGUCUGUGGACGCCAGUGGCAGAGCCAGCUCCAGCAAUGUCCACAAACUGAGUGGACAGCCAACGCCGCCGUCGUCGACGUCAACGCUGCUGCUGCAGCAGCGGGAAACAGCGCUGCGUAAGCCACACAAUUUAAAGCGUGAGCCACUGGUAUUCUUCAUCAUGCGCCUGAAUCUGAAAGCUGUGCUGCUGCUGCUCACGGUAGCCGUGAUGGUCAUAACAUUGGGUAUUUAUAUGCGCUGUGCCGCGUUCAGUUUCUCGCCGGAUUUCGUGCGUCAGCUGAGUCGACGGCAGACCUACGACACGCUGGCCAGUUCAGCUGCAGGCCAGGACUUGCUGUCCAGCCCCUUGCAGGACAUUGAAUGCGCCAUCAAUCAGGAAUAUAGCAUACACUGCAAACGGGACGAGAACGCCAACGAGGUCUAUGUGCCCUUCUCGUUUCUGCGGCAGUAUUUCGAUGUCAGUGGAGCUGUCACCACUGGCGGUAGCAGUGGCAGCGAAGCAGCCAAAUUCAAUUGGAUGCACAGCAAUGCAAAGGUGAAUUUGCCCAAGGGCAAAUACGAUCCACGCGGCGUCUUUAUGUAUUUCGAGAACUACAAUGUAGAGGUGCGGGAUCGGGUGAAGUGCAUCAGUGCCGCCGAGGGCGUGCCAGUGAGCACGCAGUGGGAAAAACGUGGCUACUUCUAUCCCACACAGAUUGCACAAUUUGCGCUGGCGCAUUACAGCAAAAAUCUAACGGAACAGACGCCACGCAUCCACAUACUGGAAGAUGCCGAUAGUAAUCAGAUGGAAUGGAACACGCCAAAGACGAGCAACAUGACACGCAUUUGGCAUCACAAAUUCAACACGAGCAUCGUCCAAUUCGAGACAACCAUUGGCUAUGAGAGCGCCAUUAGCAUACAGCUGAAUCAGACGCAGGAUCUGGUUUUGAGUGUGGAUCUGCUGCUGGUCACGAAUAGCAGCAGCCUGAUGGUCACCGUCCUGAACCGGGAUACGAAGCACAGCUACAAUUUGCAUUACCUGGCCGCAGAGCUGUUGCUCAGUGUGCAGGAGUCCAAUAUUUAUUAUGGCUUGGGCGCUGGUUCCCUGAACAAAUGGCGUCACAUUACCAGGGAUUUGCACAUUGAUCUACAGAAGGGCAUUGUCAUGGGCGACAAGCGUUCCCCAUUGAAGGUGCGUCGCAGCGACUUGGAGGUGCUCUCCAUUGCCUUUUUGGGCAUUGGCUUCUACGAUAAUAUUACGCUCUCGACGAGCGAUCACUUGGCUCAUUUCUAUGAUGCAGCCGAAUGGUUUGUGCACAAUCAGGAUAUGAAAACUGGCGGCUGGACGAAUCCAGUGCGUCGAAGUUUGAAUGGAUUUGCGGAGCUGCGUCCCGGCUGGAUAUCGGCCAUGGGCCAAGGGCAUGCCAUCUCAGUGCUGGCACGUGCCUAUUGGCAUUCUGGAGGAGAUAUGCGAUAUUUAAAGGCGGCUUCUUUAGGUCUGCAACCGUAUCGCAUCUACUCGCGGGAUGGCGGUGUCCUGGCUCAGUUUAUGGAUAAAUACUAUUGGUACGAGGAGUAUCCCACAACGCCGGCAUCGUAUGUGCUCAACGGUUUCAUCUACUCACUGCUCGGUCUGUACGAUCUGAACAGCACAGCGCCUGGAAAGAUAGCACGCGAGGCGGGCAAAUUGUUUGCCCAGGGCAUGCAUUCGUUGAAAAAGAUGUUGUUGCUGUACGACACCGGCUCCGGCACCAGCUACGAUCUGCGCCACUUGAGUUUGGGUGUGGCACCAAAUUUGGCACGCUGGGACUAUCAUGCAACGCAUGUGAAUCAGCUGCUGCUGCUGGCGACCAUCGACAGUGAUCCAUUGAUCGCCCAGACUGCCGAGCGCUGGAAGGGCUAUAUGUUUGGCAAGCGGGCCAAGCAUAACUGAGAGCUAAGGAAACUGGCGGCAGUGGUUGCUGCCGCCUCCUGGCAGCCACAUCGCCACCAGGCCGAAAAGCCCAACAAGUGAUAUUUUUUGAAAAGAGAAACCAUUUGAAAUGGUUCAGCCGCAUCCCAAUUUCCAAUUAUCCUUUAAACGCAACGAAUUUGUUUGACCUAAUGUUCAUAUUGUUAUUUUUGGCAUGCUUUCAUAUACGUCCGAAAUAUGUAUUUAAUUUUCUUUUCUUUUAGUUUCGUUCGUUUAGUGCUUAAGGAAUUGUACCUAUCUACUACGUAUAUACCUUGUAUUGCAUAAACAUAAUCAUUAGCUGCUAUUUGCCAUAUACACAUACCUGUAUAGGAUAUGUAUAUGUAUAACUAUUUGUUGAUCUAUGUAGCUUAAUUGUUUCCUAAGUAGUUGCACGCGUAAUUUCACUGGACAAUAUCAGAAACUAAACCUAAACUAU